UAAUGGUCACACAAUUGGCUUUUAACGUAUGCGAUGAUCAACAUCUGGUGGGCGCUAGUUUAUAUUGGAGCCCUAUGGGAGUUUCAUGACUGCCGAUUCGUCGUCGCCUGUCCACCUGAAUGCAUUUGUUUAUCUCAGACACAGGUAUUAUGCAACACCGGCGGACUACAAGAGAUUCCAGCCAAACGUCUUCCACAAACCGUCGAAAAUUUAGCGCUCACAAAAAACAAUUUUCCAAUAAUCAAAAGCGAUGCAUUUGCUGGUCUGCGAUCUCUCAAAAAGCUUUCGUUAGACGGUAAUAACAUCACAACCAUCAAACCAUUCGCAUUCCGUGGUCUACCAAAAUUGCGCGAAAUAUCCAUCCAACAUACUCCAUUAGCCACCGUAGCACAAUUUGCAUUUGCCGGCCUACAAAAUAUCACCACGAUUUUAUUGAGUCAUAAUAAGAUAUUGAGAGUGGAAACGAAUGCAUUUGCAGGCACAUCAAACGUUAAAUUGAUUUUACUGUCUAACAAUCCAAUGUUAAAAAUUGAAACGAACGCGUUCUCCGGUUUAACUCAUGUGGAACAUUUAAUUUUGCCGUCAGGAAUACGUUGCAUCGAACAGGACGCAUUUUAUGGUAUGGAUGCUGUUGGCUUGUUAAAAUUAGCUUUUAUGGAUCUAUCCGAAUUGUCACCGUACACGUUUCGAGGAUUGACGAAUGUGGUGGUACUUGCGCUGCAAGAAUCCGACUUGGGAAUUAUUUGUGCAAAUGCAUUUGAUGGAUUGGCUAAUGUUGGAACUUUGAAAUUUCUUAAUAACAAAAUCGAUUCGAUUGAAGCAUUAAACAUAUCGACGUCGCAUCAAAUACGGCAUCUAGUGUUCCAAGGUAAUCAUUUACUGGAAACACCCGAACCGAACUCAAUUAUAAUGGAUGGUGUACGAAAUCUGACGGUUGUAAAUAAUCAUUUUCCUUGUGGUUGCCAUGUUCACACACUAUUAGAAAGUCCAUUAUCGAAUGGAUCAUAUCAGCGUGGUGACUUUCUGUCGCGAAACUUUUGCAUAUCGCCGUUAGAAGUUAACGGUAAACCUUUGAGUGAUUUAGAUUUAUAUGCCAUCGGUCGUUGUCAGGAACAGGUGACCAGAGAAAAUUUAGAUGCAUCAUGCGGCGUUUCCGUUCGAAUAAAUUCGAUUUUUCAUUUUCUGAUAAACAAGUACAUUCAUUUUGUUUUAGCCACACAAAUAACGUUUUUAAUUGAAUGCUUUGUAUGCAGGUGAGCGGGCUUAACACAUGAAAAAUAAUGUGUGUUUUGUACGGGAAAUUGUUCGUAUUUAUUUAUUUUCUUUUUUUUUGUUUUUUAGUUUUCUGUUUAUUUUUCGCUAUUUUUUCCCUUCUUUUUUCGUUGUUUCUCUUUCUCUCUUCUCUCUUUCUCUCCUCUGAUUGUGUAUAAAUUGUACAAAUAUAUUUGUAGAACUGUAGCGUUAAAUUUGAAUAGAUAAAAUAAAUUUAAAUCGGAAAAGACUAAUUUUAUACAUAUAUCGACCUGAAAAGGCACAAAAAAGCACAUUGCAAAUAACAAAAAAAAAAUGGGCCGUAAAAAGACCAUUUUGUAAUAGAACAAAUUGUAUUAUAGCAGUAGGAAAUAAAAUAAAAUGAAAAAAAAAAAAAACAAAAAAAUAUUACAACGCGAAACAAUUUACAACUUCAGUUGAGUUUAAUUAUGUCUAAUAUUUAGACUUGGCUGUGUGUGUUUUUUUUUCGUUUGUUGAAUUUAAUAAUAAUGAUUGAUGCAGGCAUUUGCAAUCUCUCCACGCGGAAUUUAGCAACACACAGACAACUAUUCCAUUUGAAAUGAAUAUUUGACGUGAUUUUUUCCACAUUCCGCCGGAUUUGAAAAAAGUGGUUUUCCAACAAAAAUAACUGAAAAAUUCACGUAUGUGUACGAACAGUCAACAACACCGUGUU